AUGGGCAAAGCAAGCAAAGGCGGCUACUACGCCGUUCAAAAGGGCAAGACACCGGGCGUCUACAGAUCCUGGCCCGAGUGCGAGGCGCAGACGAAAGGCUUUGCGGGCGCGGUCUACAAGAAGUUUGACACUGAAGCUUCCGCAAAAAGCUUCGUCAAGGGUGAUGGAUACGGUGCUGGCUCAUCUUCUGGCGCAACGCGGUCGACAAUGUCCGACAAUCGCUACCAGCCAUAUGCGAAGAAUGCUCCGAGCAAAGCAGGCAAGAAGGGCAAGCAGUCCCCAGCUCGACCUCCCACGGAGCUGGGACCCGUCAUGCACCCGUUUGUCAACCCGGUCUUUGUCAACGCCGGCACGUCGAGCGGCCGCAAGACGGUCGUCUACUGCGACGGCUCUUCCAUCGGCAACGGCAAGAAAGGCGCGCGCGCUGGCUGGGGCGUCUUCUUCGAGGAUCCCGAACUGCACCAUCUCAACGAAUCGCGUCGCCUACCUGGCGAACCGCAGACGAAUAAUCGCGCCGAGCUCAUGGCUCUCAUCCGCGCCAUCCAGCUGUGCCCGAAUGACGGUCGUCAGCUGCUCAUUCAGACGGAUAGCCAGUACAGUAUGGACUGCGUGGAAAAAUGGAUAUCUGGCUGGAAGUCAAAAGGCUGGAAGACGUCCACGGGUGACAAUGUGUCGAACAAGGAUCUGAUCGUGCAGCUCGACCAGGAGAUCAACUCGAGGUAUCCGCCACCGAAGCUGGUGAAGGUCAAGGCGCACUCGGGGAUCGCUGGGAACGAGAUCGUCGACAGGAUGGCCAAGUAUGGUGCGAGCCUGCCAGAAUCGGACUCGAUGGACUUGACCAAGAGGUCGGAACCGGAGGAGAAUCACGUUCACAGGCCUGAAGCGGCGUCGUUCACCAUCAACGUCACGAUCACUCCCACCGGUUCGGUUUCUAGCUCGGUCUCCAGCUCGAGCUCUUCGUCCAGUCACUGA